AUGGCUAGUAACGUCACGGGAACCUCUACCUUUCCUCCUCGGAAAUGGUACAGGAAGGUGCCGUUUUUGUCGACAAAGCCCAUUGAGAGACGACUGACCGAGCCUGCCUCAAAAAAGUCCAAAAAGGCAACCCCAAGAGACGUGGAAGAUGGAGCUGGAGACGGGGCCGGAACGGAGGCCGGGAGCAGCCCAAGGGCCAAGCUGCCAGAAUCGACAGCAAACUGGUUUUCGAUCCUGUUGUUCGGAUGGCUGAGCCCAACCCUCAGGAUAGGCUACACCAGGCCUCUGCAGACCGACGACCUGUAUGAUAUGCCCGAUCACAGGCGGGCCGAGGAUCAUGCCGACAGACUCGAACGUUUUUGGGCGGCGAGGUUGGAGAAGAACAGGAACCGGCCAGCUGAGUCUAAGUCAUGGAAGCCAUUCUGGAUGCGACGCAGGAGCGACACAACGGUCCUGACCAUGGCCCUCAACGACGUCUGCUUCCGCUGGUUCUGGCUCGGCGGCCUGUUCAAGUUGUGCGGAGACCUGUCCCAGAUGGUGACGCCGCUGCUCAUCCGCUUCGCCAUCUCCUACUUGUCCGACCCGUCGGAGCACGCCACCCGCGCGGGCUAUGGCCUUGUCGUGGGCCUCUUCCUCGUGCUGGUCUUCUCCGUCACGGCCAACGUCCACGGCUUCUACCGGUCCUACACGACGGGCGUGCUUCUCAGAGGUGCGCUCAUGCACACCAUCUACCGGCGGGCGACGUCGGACCAGCUCACGGAGAGGGCUAAGCUCCGCAACGGGUACACAGGCGUGGGCAAGCUCAUGAGUCUGAUGAGUGCCGACGUGACGCGUGUAGACUUUGUGUGCGGCUACUUCCACUCUGCCUGGACCAGUAUCCUCCAGAUGGUGCUCUGUCUCGCUCUGACCAUCUGGACUAUGGGCUAUAGCGCCCUCCCCGGCUUUGGCCUGCUGGCUCUCUUGUAUCCCCUUCAGACCUUCAUGGUGAGCAAGCUGCUUAAGCUCCGCAGGGGCAGCAUGCCCUUUACCGACGCGAGAGUCAAGGCUGUCGUGGAAGCCGUCUCAGCGAUCCGGCUCGUCAAGACCAACGCCUAUGAGAAGAGUCUCCUCGCCAAGAUCGGGCACCUCAGGGCUGAUGAGGUCGUGUACAUCCGCAAGCGAAUGCUUCUCAGGGCUCUCAACACGGCCGUCUCAUACACGGCGCCCAUGAUUGCUGCUGUGCUGUCUAUAGUCACCUACGGGGCUACGCAGGGCGGACUGAAGGCGGAUAUCAUCUUCUCCGGCCUCACCUUCUUCAUGCUGCUGAGAACGCCACUUCAGGCCCUGCCUACUUCGCUGUCGGCCAUUGCGGACGCCCGGGCGGCUCUCGAGCGCUUGGCUAUCUUCAUGACCGCAUCAGAUGCAGGUGGUCCCAUUCCUCCGAAAUUCGUGGGAAGCAGCACGAAUCCAGAGCUUGACGGAGACAAGCCACCCCAGACCGUGGUUGCAGUCGAGGAGGCUACUUUCGCUUAUCAUGAUGACGAGGAUCUCCUGGACGAAAGAAGCGAGACAUCGACUCAGAACACUACAGAAACAGCCACGGAGACAGCCCAGGACGGGAAGAACCAGGAAGCGAACCAAGGCCAGAUUCUGGCAACGCCCCUUGAAAGCCAACCGCACAAGGCCCGAAGACUGCACAUCGACUCGCUCAUCGUUGAGAGAGGCCAGCUCGUCUGCAUUGUUGGGCCCGUUGCAUCGGGCAAGUCAUCGAUAUUCAAGGCCCUCAUGGGCGACAUGCAGCCCCUCCAAGUACGGAACUGCCAAGUCAACACGCCCUCGCUCGCCUACGCCUCCCAAUCCGCCUGGCUGCUCAGUGAGACGGUCAGGGAGAACAUCGUCUUCGGCCGGCCUUUCGACCAGGCCUGGUACCAUCAGGUGCUUUCCCGGUGUUGUCUGCACCGGGACCUGGAGUUGCUGCCCGAGGGCGACAUGACAGUGGUGGGCGAGAUGGGCGUGUCCCUCUCUGGCGGCCAGAAGCAGCGCAUCAGUCUCGCCAGAGCCAUCUACGGCCGGAGCCCGCUGCUGUUCCUGGACGACUGCUUCUCAGCCCUGGACGCAGACGUCGGCAAGCAGGUGUUUGAGAUGGUCGUCAACCAGGCGCGCCGCAACAAGGAGGCGACUGUGGUCCUUGUCACACACUCGAUGGUUCUUGCGUCCCAAGCCGACCACGUGGUGUACAUGGACAAGGGUCGUAUAGCGGAGCAGGGCGAGUACGCGGUUCUGUCUAGACGUGGUGGGCCAUUCGCUCGUUUUGUAGGCACGUCCAUGGACUCAUGGUCAUCUGCACAGGACGAGGAGGAACACGACGAGGAGCACCAAGAAGUAGAGGCGAAGCAAGAGCCGCUGUUGCCCGGGUCUUCCCCAGAAGCAAAGGCGCCGGAAGAUGACAGCAACAAAAAGCAGGGGCCAGAAGCAGCAGGCCGUGGAAAAGAGAUCAUGCAGAAGGAGGAGCGCCUGGUCGGCUCCGUCAGCGGCAAGACAUACCUCCGCUACGUGGCGAUGGGCAACGCAUUCAUAACGGUGCCGCUCUUCGUGACGUCCAUCAUCAUCUACCAGGGCACGAGCAUCGUCUCGCCGCUGUGGCUGACGUGGUGGCAAGGGAACACGUACGGGUCCAUCACCGAGUCCCAGUACAUGGGCGGCUACGCGGCCUUUGGAAUCGGCCAGUCGGUCGGCCUGUUCUGCAUGAGCGCCAGCUUCGCCCUCUUCUGCUUCUACUGCUCCAACCGGCUGCACCACGCCUCCAUCGCCCGCGUGCUGCACGCCCCCUUGGCCUUCUUCGACACGACGCCGCAGGGCCGGAUCACGCACCGCUUCAGCAAGGACGUCGACGCCGUCGACAAUGUCGUCGGCGAGACGCUGCGCCUCUUCAUCUCGACCACCGUCCAGGCCAUCGGCACAAUCAUCCUCGUCACCAUCAUCCUGCCGCCCUUCCUGGCCAUCGCCGCCGUGCUUCUGCUGGCCUACACCUGGACGGGAAUGUACUACCGCCCCUCGGCCCGCGAGCUGCGCCGCCUCAACAACCUGCUGCGCAGCCGGAUCUACGAGCACUUUGGCGAGUCGCUCUCUGGGCUGGCCACGCUCAAGGCCUUCGGCGCCGUCUCUCGCUUCGUCGAGGACAACGCCCGCCGCAUCGACACCGAGAACACGGCCUACUGGAUGUCCGUGGCCUGCCAGCGCUGGCUCAACCUGCGCCUGGACCUGUGCGGUGCUGUUCUUGUCCUCGUCUCGGGCAUUCUUGUCGUCGGCCUGCGUGGCACUAUUAGCGCCUCCGCCGGCGGCGUGGUGCUGUCUUACGUGGUCCAGGCCCAGUCCGUCUUUGGCAACAUGAUCCGUCAGAGCGCUGAGAUCGAGAACAACAUGAACUCGGUCGAGCGGAUGCUGCACUACGCGUACAACAUCGAGCAGGAGCCCGCCUACGAGGCUGAAGGCGUCGAUAAGGACCUGAAGGCUAAGGCGUGGCCAGACGCCGGCCACGUCGAGUUCAAGGCGCUCACCCUCUGUCAUCGACCUGGCCUGCCGCCGGCGCUGAGGGAUGUCACCUUGGACAUCAAGCCUGGCGAGAAGGUUGGCAUUGUGGGGCGUACUGGUGCAGGAAAGACUACUUUGAUAUCGGCCUUGCUGAGGAACACGGAGCCCACGAGUGGCAAGAUCGUCAUCGAUGGCGUCGACAUACACACAAUUGGGUUGAGUCUGCUCCGGUCAAGCAUGUCAGUCAUCAGCCAGGAUGCUGUCCUUCUGGCCGGCACGAUCAGGUACAACCUGGAUCCGUUCCAGCAAUACGACGACGCCUGGCUGCAGAGGUGUCUGGGCAGGGUCAAGCUCGCACAGUCGGACGAACAAACCGGCACGCAGGACAUCGCCAACGGAAUCCCUAGUCCCGCCUCUACUGAAGACACCACCGAGCUCGAGAAGCAACAGACGGUCCAGUCGGUACGCGGGACGGGAGGCCUCAGCCUAGACUUCGAGGUCAAAGAGAACGGGGCCAACAUCUCACAGGGCCAGCGGUCGCUCAUCUCGAUCGCUCGCGCCUUGGUGCGGCGGUCCAAGAUCGUCAUCAUGGACGAGGCGACGGCGUCCAUUGACGGGCGGGCGGACGCACAGCUGCAGGAGAUGCUGAACGAGGUCCUUGGGGACGCGACGGUGCUGACUGUGGCUCACCGCCUGGACACCAUCAUUGCUACGUGCGACCGCGUCGUUGUCAUGGAGGCUGGCCAUGUGGCCGAGUUUGAUGGCAUCCCGGAGCUCUUUGCAAAGAGGGAUAGCAUCUUCAGGUCGCUUUGUGAUGCGUCCAAGAUUACCGUUGGAGAGAGGCGCUGA